AUGUCAAGCAGCGAACAAGAGCAGACUGCGCAACCUGUCGACAGUGAGCCACGAGUAGAUAUCCUUUGCUCAGCUCCUGGCUUUUCAGUGCCCAAUCCAGAAACUGUCAGGGAGAAGGUUAACAAGAGCAACACUAUCUUCCACUGGGGCGGUGUUAGAAUUGCGAAGAUAUCUCCUGAAAUUGUGGUGAAACUCGGAUCUCAUAUCACACUCAACGAGGCGAAAACUUUGUGGAGGGCCAUAGUCUGGACAAAGCUUGGGAGACAUAUAAUGAGGCGACGAAAAAUCGUGUUACCAACCAGCUCAAAGGGUAUAUCCGUAAACUUCGUGAAAUCCCCCCCGGCGACUAUGUAG